AUGAAAUUCCCGGGCUCGGUGCUGGCGUCCGUGUUCCUGUUCCUGGCGGAGACGGCGGCGGCGCUCUACCUGAGCAGCACCUACCACUCGGCCGGGGACGGCAUGUGGCAGGCGCUGACGCUGCUCUUCUCCCUGAUGCCCUGCGCGCUGGUGCAGCUCACGCUGCUCUUCGUGCACCGCGACCUCAGCCGGGACCAGCCGCUCAUGCUGCUGUUGCACCUGCUGCAACUCGGGCCUGUCUUCAGGUGUUUCCAAGCAUUCUGCAUUUACUGUCAGUCAAGCCACGUUGAAGAGCCUUAUGUCAGCAUUACCAAGAAGCGCCAGCUUCCCAAAGAUGGCUUCUCAGAAGAGAUUGAAAGGGAGGUGGGCCAAGCAGAGGGCAAGUUAAUCACCCACCGAUCUGCAUUCAGCCGAGCAUCAGUGAUCCAGGCUUUCCUCGGUUCAGCUCCCCAGCUGACCCUGCAAGUAUAUAUAAGCAUCCAGCAGCAGGAAGUGCCUAAUGGAAGAAGCCUGUUAAUGACUCUAUCCUUGUUGUCCAUUGUGUAUGGAGCCUUGCGCUGUAACAUCCUAGCCAUCAAGAUCCAGUAUGAUGAAUAUGAUGUCAAAGUGAAGCCUCUUGCCUAUGUCUGCAUUUUUCUCUGGAGAAGCUUUGAGAUUGCUACUAGAGUUGUGGUCCUGGUCCUCUUUACUUCAGUAAUGAAGACUUGGGUGGUGGUUGACGUGUUUUUCAACUUUUUGAGCUUCUUCUUGUGCCCCUGGAUCCUCUUCUGGUGCAGCAGCUCUCCAUUCCCUGAGAACAUCGAGAAAGCAUUCACUAGGGUGGGCACCACCAUUGUGCUAUGCUUCCUCACCUUGCUGUAUGCUGGCAUCAACAUGUUCUGCUGGUCAGCAGUGCAACUGAAGAUCAACAACCCAGACCUCAUUAGCAAAUCCCAAAAUUGGUACCGGUUACUGGUGUAUUACAUGCUGAGAUUCAUUGAGAACGCUUUCCUCCUCCUCAUGUGGUACCUUCACAAAACUGACAUCUAUAUGUAUGUGUGUGCACCCCUCUUGAUUCUACAGUUGCUCAUUGCAUACUGUACAGCCAUUCUGUUCAUGCUUGUGUUCUACCAGUUUUUUCACCCAUGCAAAAGGCUUUUCUCCACUAGUGUUUCCGAAGGCUUCCGGGCAUGGGUUAGGCAUGUUUUCUGUGCCUGCAGGAAUCAUAAAGUCUGCCAGAAAGAAGGAAAUACAGACCAAACAGCAUCUGAAGACAGGGAUGAGACACCUUCUAGCAGUAAAAUCAGUUCUAUGCCCAGCCAGAUCUUGAACACAAAUGAAUUCUGUGCUGUUUAAUAGGACCUGGAACUUCUUGGGGCACAGAUACCUUGUUUUCUGGGUUGAUCCCUGAUCUUCAUACAUGUAUUGAGCCCUGAAGAGAUAACAAAACAGAAAGCUACCUCUCAACUCCUGAGAGAAAGUAAAUGCCUCCCCUUUACAGAGCUCUUAGAAUGUGUAGAAACCUUGAAGUGAAGCCAAGAAAACGUCUAAGUGUUGGAGGAAGUAGCCCCAGGUGCCACAAUUCACAAGGAACUAUGUUCGUCCAGGCAUUUCUGCCUUAUGCAUUCACAAUGCACCAUAGACUGUUGUCACCCUGCAGGAAAUUAACCUGUGAAGCCUAAAUUGGGCUGGUUUGUUCCAUCAGAGAGAAUGAAGAAAGGAGUGCUCUUAUUUUCAACUUUUCUGAACUGCUGGGCUGGAUAGUCUGAUGAUUUAUGAUCUUGAACGUGGUUUCUGCCCAAGAGCUUGCCUGCUGAUCAGAGACUGUCCCGGGGGCUUUGCUAUCAGCAAAUCACUCCUACUGGAGAUUACAGGGAAGAUGGUGCAUUUUUUAAAUGGACAGAUACUCCAUUUUCAUCUCAUCAGGACCUUUUGUAUAUAAUCAACUGUCAUAGCCUUGGCAUGCUAUCUCCGAGAUCUGAUUGAUUUUUUAAAACCUAGAUUUGAAUAUUUUAUUCCCAGAUGAAUGAAAAAUUGAAUUCUAAAAUUGAUUAUAGAUGUGCUGGAAUGUUAGAAAAAGUAUGCUACUUAGAUAUGCUGGAGAAAGUUUGGAUCAGGGUGGGUAUGAAAACAUCAAAAGGAUAGACGAUUCUAUAAGACUUCUUACAAUCUCAAGAUGGUUGAAGAUAUGAAUAUCUUAGAAGGUUGACUUAACCCUUCUCAAGGUUUCAAGACUCAGGUAUGCCCUGAAACUCUGGGAAAUUUCUAGUAGAAAAUUUCUAGGAUUUCCCUCUUCAACACAGAGGAAAAUAAAAUUCACCUCCUUUCCUUUGCCUACUUUCUUGUCUGUCAGGAGUGUUUUAGAGAAGAGUUACCUUGGCUAAUUAAAAUAUUUAUCUAAGUCCCUAUAGAAAUAUCUAAUGCAGUGCAAGUAAUCAGGCAUCUCAAUUUUUAUUAUUUGGACGCAAAGGGUUUCUGCUUCACCCCCGCCACCUCUGGAGAUUGACUUCAGAAACUUUUAAAUUAUAAAGAGAUGAAAUGACCAUAAGAAUUUUAUCUUUCAUUGAAUUUAUUUUCAUUUAGUCAAGAUCUCUGAUUUUAUUCUCUUGUACCCUUUUGUCCUCUUUAAUUUCUCCUUUAAUCAGGUAUCCUAUUUGUUUCAUAAAAAUGGAUUGGGUACAUAUUCUUACGUGUUUUGGUAAAAUGCCAAGAUCAAGUGUCAUCACUUGUACCAUUAAAUCAUUGAUAGUGAAAUGCCUAGACAAAGGUUAAAAUCACACUGAUGUAGAACAGGGGUUGGAGGAAAUAUGAGUACUCUACUUUUAGACUCUCUUUUCACCAGACUCUGACUCCAUUAAUCUAUGAAUAUGUUUAUUUGAGCAUCUCAAUUCUAGCAUUAAAAAGAAGAAAAACUUGUUGUUAUUGAAUUUGUAAGUAAUUUCAUGCAUAAUAAGACAAAAUGCAAGUUGAUGAUCAGUUUUCACUACAUGCAAAGAUCAAUGAAAUGCAAAUAUUCUUUUGUGGGACAGACCUAUUGUGUAUUUUUUAAUAUACAACCCCAUAAAAUGUAUCUAUAAGCUCCUAACCUGCAGAUCCACCCAUUUUAUUUUUAUAAGAUACUUUUUCCUUCUCAUAUGAAAUUCUCUUGCAUUUAUAAACAUUUGUGAUUUAAUUUUAGGGAACGACCAGACAACAUACCCUCUUUUUUGGUUUAUUAAAUGUGAAUAAAACUGUGAAUCAUC